GGUAGCCGGGGGUGGUCGACUGCGACUGAUGGAGGCCGUGGUGUGCGACGAGAGGUUGGCGACCAUGUGGCCUCCUCUUCGAGACGAUAGCCACGGCGAGGGAGAGCAGCCGGGAGAAAGGGCCGGCGGGAGUAGGACUGGGCCCGGUGCAGAUGGACCGGGAGAGCAGGGCAAAUGUGAAACCCGAGAGGCAGCAAGGCAGCAGGAGGAUGAUGACGGGCAAGUUACGGCCGAGGCCGGGGAUGAUGCUGCGCUGGAAAGCAAUGAGGGUCGCAUUGCAAAUAAAUGCCUGAUCGGGAACUGGCAGGAAGAGCGGAUUUCGGCUCCUAUAGAUCAGCAGGAAGCCAAAGUCACAUCACAUGCUUUAGCUUUCAAGAAUGGGCAUAAAGGUCUACUUAGCAUUGAUUACUUGUCAAAAAUGCCUGAUGUAACUACGUACAGAGAAUUUUAUCCUCCUCCCAAGGGACCUGAAGAACGGGAAAUAGGCAUAAAGAAACAAUUAAUUGAAAAGUACAUGUAUCACAAGAUAUGCAAGGAAGUAUAUGAUGAAUAUAAUAAAGCCUUUGCAAUUGGACCAAUGGAAUCACUGUCUGUAACAGGACGGGACUUCAAAAUGGAAGGCUUCAGAUCUGUUCCACGUCCUCCUGUUAUGUGUCAUGAUUAUAAAACUGAACAACCUAUCACAAUCUGGUUGGACCAUGUUAAGCAAGUGCAAGGUGUCACUGAAAUAAAGACUGGUGAUACUCCAUUUAGAAAAAAUACCUCAUUUACUAGACCAAUAAUGGAAGCAUUGGAUACUUAACAACAUGUACCUGGAAAAUAUCCUGGCUCCCAGCUACAGACUAAUCAUUUACAGAAGUUGGAUAAAAUUUGUAUUUUACUUGUUUCUCUUCAAUACCUUCUUGAUGGAGUAUUUGGAUCAUUCAUUCAUCAUCAGUUUUGAAAA